UGCGAGUGAAAUCUAAGCACUUCCUGUCGGCGCCUUUGCUGGUUGUCGGCGUCGCUUUAUAGCGCGCGCAAACUUCCCGCGCUCAAGUUCUCGACCAAUCAAAUGGCGCGGCAGCAACGUAACAAUGAGCCGAGUUCGUGUGUCACACUUGACCCAGAACAACAUGGGAAGUUGACGAGGUUUUGUGUUGUGUACGGUUUAAAUGCAUUCUUCGGUCUUUUUUCGGCCCUUUUACGCCUCCUAAGUUUGCAUCAUGGCUCUUUAUACUAGUCUGAAUGGUAGAGAGGAAGUUAUGUUGUGUUUAUAGCGACGACUACGUGAAAACAUGCAAGUGGAGACUUGCCAACUCCUGCGAAGGACGAGGUGCCAGAAGAUCGAGCUCUGUUUUUGUCUCUCCAAUUUUUUUGUGGCUUCUGUCUGCCUUCAUCAGAACUGAAAAGGCUGCGCCUGAUUACGUGGUUGGCAUGGAGAUAAAGGAAAACCUAGGUUCUGCCACUGUGUCUGUGAUCACGAGGUUGGAUCUAUGAGCUGUUCUUGACUUCAGAUCACUUCUUACGUAUUCGUCAAGUUACGUGCUUGUAUAAACAUUUUGACGAUCACUUAAGUUUAAGUAGGGGAGGAUUGCUUAUAGAUAAGGACUUUAAGAUACGGUCAUUACGGACUACGCGCUAUUUCCAGACGUGCGAGUCCAAGCCUCGCGUGGACUGGGCCGACUACGUUAAAAGGGCGCGAAAAUCGGACUGGUAUUUGGCGUUAAGAUUGUGACUACGAAGACUCGGACUACAGCUGCAGGCGAGAAAGAAAAGGUCUUUCGAAGAUGUCAGAAGCGCGCUUGCAAUAGCUCAUGCCGAUGGUUUCUAGAUGAUGAAGAGUUUUUGUUUCUUUAUGAUCACUACCAGCCUAUUAAUCCAUCAUUUCCGUGCUGUAAUUAUGAUCCAUUCUGUUUGGAUGUGUUCUACUCUUUUGAUUGCAAAUAGACUAAAGAAAGAAGUGAAUUACCUUAUAUCAUAGAAUUUUCGCGACACGUUAAUUAAAGUGACGCAAACAGUAAGUGUUGCGAACAUAACUAUGACGCGAAAAUUAAGAGACUCACAUUUUGUUACUGUUGACAUAUAGUUCCGCCGCUGAGUUUUUGUUAAUUUUGACGUCAUUGUACCUUUGAUAAAGUCAGUUUACUAAACUCAAGAACAUUGGCAAGGAAGUAAAUUGCUUGUUACUCAAGAACGCGAAGUUAAAGUGAUUCAAAACACCAAAUUUUCGCAAAAUCGCGGAAUUUAAGUGUCGCAAAAUGUGCGCACCCCAAAGUCGCGAAAUAAACGUGUCACGAAAAUGUCAUGUAAUUAGUAAGGUACCUGCUUUCACCUUCCGUCCACAUCCUGCGUGAUCUGUUUGUAUAUAGCUAGCCAUGUAAAAUAUGAUAUAGCUAUAGAUUAUUUAUUCACGGUCAAUUAUUGAAUUCAGACAGGAUUUUCCCGUUUCUGCACAUAGGCCUUCUUUUCUCACUCACUCUAACUCAUGCCCAUUACUCCUUGGUGGCGUGUAAGGCAGCAAAGUAAUUCUGCAACGUCUGCCGGUCCUUUGCCACGACUUGAAUGCUGCUCCAGGUCUUUCCCAUCUGCUUCAUUUCUUUCUCCACCAUGCGUCACCACGUGAACUUUGUGCGGUCCCUCCGUUUUCCUUCUGGCGUCCAGUGUAGAGCGGUCUUGGGCAGAUGACAUGGCGGAUCCACCUCCAGCGACUUCUCAUCAGAAUAGUAGCCAUUGAUUCUGCUCUACACCGUUUAAGCAGGUCUUUGUUUGAAAUGGUGUUGCGCCAGAAGAUGCGCGGAAUCUUGGUGUGAGAUGUGGACAGCUUUGUUAAAUCAUAGGCCUUCUUUAAACGAAGCUUAUCCUAAUCCAAUAUUAAACCCUGGCGUAAUUAAGGGCAUCGUAUUUACUCACUAAGCCUCGGAAAAACUAGAAAAUUAUCUACUAACAGAGAAAAAAUAUGCAAGUUACUAAACUGGCAAAACACCCGUAAGUUGCUUAUUCCGUGGAACUCGCACUGCGAGGCUACCGUUUUAUUAAAUUUUCGACACUUUGAAACCAACCAAUGACUAACAUUCUGUUGAACGUUCCUCAAAGCUGAGGUUCGACCACGCAGAAUGUAACCUUGAUUUGCCGGAUUGUGUAUCAAGGUCGCUUCGUCCAAAUUCGAAUUGAAUUAUUUACACUUGUUUCUGACGCAGCUUGUAAUUAAAUGGCAUUUCAAUAUUUUGUUUUUCAGAUUCAGUUUUUUUUUCGACGAAAAUUCGAGUAAUCUGUAGUAAGCUGACUUAAAGAUAUAUGAAUAUGAAUGUGAAGCCGUGUUUUCGCCUAUUGAAUAAAGGUGACGGCAUAGCAAAACUUGCAGAUAGGCAAAAACUUUAAAUCUCACUUGUAAUGUUAUUUCUAAAGGAGAAGCCUUCAAGGACCAAACAAAAGGAUGAACAAACUGCGUUAAGAACGCGCUAAUAAAAUUGUAAAAGCGGAAAAAGCGGGUUAUGUCCAUAUUCUAAGCAUAACUUAGUAUUAGAGCACGCGAGGAACAUGUUAUAAAAGAAACCCACCACCAACAAGUGCCUAUGAGAUUUGAGUUAAGAUAAUGUAGGUCGCUGAAACCCAACAUUUCAUGGCGUUAUCAUUUAUUUUUACCUUUAUUACUUCGCGUUAUCGUAAAAUUUCAACGGAGUUUGUGUUCCUUUCUGACACGAGGAAGCUCGUUUGAGGGCAUCGACGGUUCGGUCAUUUCGGAAAUAUAAAAUAACUACAACUUCGUACCGGCUGAACACUCCGAGGGCUAAGAUUAGUCUCCAAGGUUUUUUUCUUUUUUUUUUCAUUCUUUGUCUCCAAGUAACUUUGACUGAAGUACUUUUCCCUUCAUUUUCCUUAUUGUUAACGACUUGAUAUCACAUAUAUGUAUUGCAAAAACGAGAGGGGUUCGUCGUUCUUCAAACGCGAAAAUUCAACAAUAAACUAAAAGAAGUCGGACGAGCGAAAUAUCUUGAGUGUUAAACGUGAAUUCCUGAUUGUUUAUUGCCGUAGGGGCUUGUGAUUAAUACGCCCUUCCUUCGAUAAAUCACUUGUGCCACGGCUUUCGUCCAUUUCCGGAGCUUCACAAUUAUAUCUGACGAAGUAUUUCUUGUCCCUGUGGGGAGUAUUCGAUAAAAGAAGUGGGCCACUUAAACAGACACAGCGGGAUGCAGAAGCCUGUCCAAAGUGGCUAAUCAUUUCUACAAAGAGGUUUUUUGAACAAGCAAACGUUUUCAGUAUUGUCACGAAAAAAGUAGGUGGUGUUUCUAUUAACCCUAUUGCAUCCUGAGAAAUAAUCUGACGAACGAAUCAGCUGGAAAAUAAAUUAGGGUAAAUUCCAAACGGCAUUCGACGACAUUCAAGAAGAAACAAAUAUUGUAACCAGUAUUUUGCCUUAUUCCCAUUGAGAUUUCGCCGUGUGUUUGAAUCUUCUGAGAUCUUAAAAAAAUCAUGAAAGGUGUUAGUGAAUGGGCUCUGGUUGCCAAACCGGUGGCAUGGUUUGUUUCCAAAUUUGGCACCGUACGUUUUAUUCAAUUUCAAAGUAAAAUUUACUAAAAUAUUUGCGAAGCUGGUAUUUAGUAGACCCAGUUAAGAGUAGUCUUUGGUAAAAAGUAUAUUUCAUUCCUUGUACGUCACAGCCUUUUUCACCUAGAAAAUAAAAUGGGGUUCGUUUUGGUUUAGGCAGGUGUACUUACGAGUUCGAGCACACUUAUAUUAACAGUCUAAUUCGUGAGAAGUCAUUCAUGUAACGGUUCAAUUGUUUCGUCAUAAAUCUAAAGGAUUAUUAAUCGCCUUUGUUGUAUUCAUUGAUUCCUCAGUGAAGUGUUCAUAACUUUAGUGUUGUGCAAGUAAAAACAAAGAUUGAACGGAUAAAAAGCCUUUUGUUCUUUUUUGUUUGGUCCUUAUGGCUAUCAUUUGUAUCCUGUUUCUCUGCUCCCUGCCUUCACCACGUGUUGGGCAAGAAACAUGUCAAAACAAACCUGCAAAAUAGAAAACAAGUUUUCAAAACUCACCAGAAAUUAUCCAAACAUAGCAAAACUUGUCUGAAUUAAAACCAUUCUUCCGACUCUCUUUCCUUAUCAUUAUUAAUUGUGUGGUGUUUUAUCUCUUUGUAUUCUUAUCAGAAGUUGUAACAAAGAUUAGAAAUUCCACUCACCCCGAGAAUUUUCUCUCUUGUAAACAACCAAUUCAGACUUUUGUUAACGGGGUUGAAGGAAAGUGACAGUUACUAACAAUAGAUUUGCUUCUUUUGUGUUCGAUUGAAUUAUUAUUUUCCGCAAAGCCAGUGUUUAUUCACUAAUGUGUGUUAAUUGAACCCUGGGGCGAUAGGAACAUUAGGUGACCAAAGCUUUUUAUAUAUAUUUUAUGAUUAAAUAUGACAAUACGGGUCAAUUCAUAAUCAAUAGAGUAAAAAUGCAUAUGGCCUAAGACCUGAGAAGAAAACAAUCUAUUGGCAUUUUUUUAAAACAUGUACGUCUUUAUUUGUCAAGCGAGAGCCGCUGUUUUUUGUGUGUGUGUUCAUCAUAGAUCGAAAAAAAAAACCAGCACAGCUUAAAUAUUACAGGACAGAUGGCCGGUACCUCGCAUGCACUGGUAAGGUUUUAGGUCACAUGGGUAAGACCUUGGACUUGAUAAGCAAUAGCUAUGUAAUGUUUCUUGAUUAUAGAUUACAGAUUCUUUCCAGGUUGUUCCCUGGGAAAGAUCACUACUUCCAUUCAAAAUCCUAUCGAAACCCUUUAAGACCAAAAAUUCAAAGGGCACUCGGAAAUGAUUUACCAUAAAUCACUGCUGUUCAUUGUCGCUGUUGUGAACAAUACAAACAAUCUUGCCGAUAGAUUUUUAAGCCAAUUUUAAUCUACCAUUUUAUCGAGGGCCUUCCAAGGAACAGUAUAAUCUGGCCACAUCACAUCUGACGUCUCAAAUAAUGAAAUUAUUGUGUCUUAUCUAUGUGGAAAAUAAAUCUGUGAAUGAAUUACGUAAAUUGUAUUUAAGUGAUUGAGUGCCUUACAGAGUCUUUUUUUCCUUUUCCUACUUCAAAAUUAUAGUUAAUCGUAAAGGUGAAGUUUUCCUGUCCGUACAAGUAACUAUUAUUGCUCUUUCCUAUACUCUUGCUAAGGACAAAUUUUACAAUUUGAACAAAAUGCAUGUUACGUGUAUAAAGCAUAUCUAAAGGCACGACUAGCUUCCUUUUUUUAUUUUUCCUUUAUUAAUCAGUGUUUGGCUGUGGCAUUGUUAGAUAAAUUCAAUUAUUAUACACUUAAGCAGUUUAGCUAAUUACCUGUAGCACAAUUUAAGGCUUGGAACUAAAAGUGUUUGGUUUUCACUAUAAUAGGCGCUUUCUGUGGUUGAUUUCCAAACUUGCAUGCAUUUUAAACACUACACUGUGGAAGUCUCUACAGGAAUGCAUGAAUUGGGUUCCGAUUUUGUAAUCGUUGAUUUCGUUUUCUAGGUAUUCUUUUGAUGGUAUUGAUGCAUUCUUCAAGUUAUGUUCAUUAUCCAUGUUAAUAUUUUAAAACAGGAAGAACAAGAAUUUAUCUGUUUGUUCCAUCUUAAAGAAUUUUUUAACGCAAUUUCAGAGUCAAUCGCAUUAAUGUUUAUGAACGAUAAUUAAUGUGGAUGACGAGAGGAUUAACCAAAUGUGGAGUUGCUCUAUCAAUCUUAAUUCUUUUAAACUGACUCUCUGGUGUCUGUGCCUGCAAACGCAUUAAUCUUAUUAUCUUAACAAUAAACGUUUGUGAAUCGCGGUAUAGCUGCAUUGUUUUUAUCUAGUAGAUUUCUUUACUUAAUAUAAUGUUUCCACUAUUUAGUUUUGGGCACCUUCUCCUGUUCUGAGUUCAAAUUACAAGUAUUUUCAACAGCGGUGCGUGAAAAUGUCAAUGAAAAUGUCAAUUGCAUUGAUCAAAAAUCUUUCAUGGAGCUUUGGAGGACUGUGCAUUAAGCGAUUUUAGCCGCCGAGUACUAACAAUACUGCCUUUCUUAGCUGAAAAAAAGCUUUCGUCCCUUUUGUUGUAAAAGGUGUAACCAUGAUUUUGCAACCUUUGUUGCCUGGAAAAUGGCCUUAUACGUUGUCAACUUGGGAUCGUUAUUUUCAAAUUCCUAAACUAUGUACAUACAUUGUAUACCUUGGCAAAGAGGUUUUUGCCCACAUAGCACCUGUCGCUAAAUCGCGUAGCUUCCUCGAAAUGGUCGCCACUCUUUUAAUUGCAAUCAAGUAAAAACUGAUGUGCCGUUAAUAAUUUCCUCUUUUUUUGAAAGUGAAGGCUGAAGCUUUCAGCUUUGGCCUCAAAUGUCUCCUUCGAGAUCUCCUAAAAGCACAUCCAUUCGUAGAACUCUGUCCACUGUCAUAUUGAGUUUCGUCCAUUACUUCAGUUUUCAUGUAUUAUUAUUAUUUUUAUUAUUAUUGGCUUUAGGCUGUGAAAAGAAGGGUUUAAAGGAUGAACUUGCCAAAGUUGAAAUAAUGGCAACAUUUAAGAAUAGGUUGAUUUUAAAACAGUUAGCAUUUAUACAGGUGUUUGUUUUCCUUCAACUUGUUCUGGCGACUCGCGAAUCUUGCUUUUAUUGUCGACAGUUUCAGGUUCCCCAAAUGUGCGUCGCAUAAUUUACAAUAAGAAAAAGAAACCUCGAAUUUACUAUAUUUCUGAACAGGUAUUUAAAAGAUUCGAAACACUCAGAAUUCGCUAAUCUGAUAGAGAUAGCGUAACCUUUGUGACAGCUAAAUGAAAAAAGUCUUGGUAUUUUUAAAAAUCUGUGUGGGUGAAAUGGCUAAAGCGCGGCACUUAAAUUUUUCAAACCGUAAAUUUGUCAAAGCUUCAAGCUUAAAAUGUGGCAACACGCGAAACAAAAUACAGCUCAAUGAGUGGAUAGCAGAUGUGGCCGUUCGUGUCAGAAGCGACAGUAGAUCUUGAAUGAGUGCGAUAAAGGGCAUGGCCCACUUAUCUCGUUCGCGUUUGCUUUAGAGAAACUUAAUCUCAGUAUCGGAAAACAUGGCGCUGUACAAAGAUAACUCCAACUUGAAUAGCACUCGCAAGAUAAAGCCAUGCUUCUCAAAUUUGGUUAUCUUCCAAACUGUCAACGUCGAAGUCGAAAUACGUAAGUGAGCGUAGUUCUGCUGUGUAAUUUGUAUCUGGCUUGCCUGAAGUGUUCUCCAUAAAGUUGUCUGUUUCCUGAAAGAACACUAAUUACAGGAAAAGAUAAGGGAGCAAACACGGCAGUAGUCAAGAGUAUGGAUUUUUUCAGAGCAACUCCAAAGGUUCUAAAAUUAUCCACUGUGUCAAAUAUAAUUGAGUCUUACGGCUGUUGUUUAUUAGGUCUUCAGACUACUGGCGUCUUUCGCUAAUUACAUCGAAAUGGCGAUUAAUAUCUAUUUCACUAGAACUUCAUAGAUAUCCAAAGUUAUUCUAAUUAGUAAUCUCUUUGGCUAACGCUGUAUGGUUACAAUUAAAGUUUAUCGACGGAGACAUUAGCGCCAAGAAUGCGCAGCCUGUUCUUUUUUGAUACCGGGGAUACGUUUGAGUGCACUGCUAAUCACGAAUUUUCCGAGCUCGGCAUCUGGAAAUCGAAUAAUCAGCCUGACCAAACAGUUUGUGGAAAUAUCAAAUUAAGACCGAGAGCUGAUAAUAAACAUUCAAAGCUCUGGGGCAUGCAGGAAGGGAAUAAUCCAAACAAAACCUCUUGUCUUAUCGCUAAAAAUCAAUAUGGUCCCUCCUUGGCAGUGUUUAGAAGAUUGUCAAAGGUGUUAUAAUUGAUUCAAUCAUGUUGCACUAUUCAAGACUUCACUGCAGUGAACGGUGUUUUCUUUGUGCUUAGAAAUUGUAUGUAUGCCUUGGUGAAGGCCAUAUUACCAUAUCAUUAUCUUCGAAAGCACAUCGCUUGCUUCAAUUACCUCUCAAUUACCGGUUACAUACACAGAUGGAAAUUACUUCCCGAACAAGCCGAUAAUAGAGACACGUAGUAAUUUGUAUUUGAAAAAGCUUUAAUUGAUUUCCAUAAAAUUUUGUUUUCCUUUAAGAUCUGAUACUAUCGAUUGAGAGCCCCCCGCUGACGUCUCCUAUUUGUUUUAAGGAUUAAAGCAAACAAAAAAUGCUUGUCUCUUUAGAGCUAAAAUUUUUGGCAAACAAAAUAAAGGCGAGAGAAGAGAGCUGCCACAUUUCUAGUGAUUGAUAGUUAUGUCUGUUUAUAACGGGAACGCAACCUUGGCGUAAAUAGAAGUCUCGGUAGCGCUGUAUUUCGUGACUUUCGUCACCAGAUGAAAGAAGAUUCCCAUCUCGUAACCGGCCCAUUACUUUUCUUUUAAGUACCUUGCAUAUUAAUCCUAAUUAUCAGACAAGUGGUUUUGGUUUUGAAGCAAGAAAGGCGGUACUUUUGGAUAACAACUUCAAACCGACAGUGUGGGCACGUCAGACGAAAUUAUUUUGUAAAUGCCUGGAAGGCAGUUCUAACAUGUUUGUAGAAUUAUCGAAGCCACCACGCCGACAGAAACAAUGGAACUACCAAGCCGUAAAUUGGUUUUAAUGCGAGCCAAUGGGAACAAUUUAGCAGUUAUCAAAUCUUUUAAAGAUGACACCCUGCGCGUCCUGUGGUUGGCUGCCAUUUAUCAACAACAAAUUUGCUUGAUAAUGACACAAUUAUCUUAUGCCCUAUUAGGCAGGGUCCAAUAUACGCGGACGUCAAACGGGUGAAAUGGCUGUUCACAGCAGGUUCUCUUCAGUUCCGAACUAAAGCUAAGGACGGCAGAGCAAGUAGGCAUUCCAGGGACUCCUCGCUAACGCUCAAGCGUUCUGUGCUAGCAGACAUAACUGCGAUUUACUCUCAAAGAGUUGUCAAACGCAAUGGAGCAAAGCAGACCUGCCACGGCUAGAGGUAUAUCUUUCAGCGUUGAAUCGCUUAUAUCCAAACCAGACCAAAAUGGCGACAGCCCGGCAAACUCAGCCCGCGCACCAGGGUUGCCGAUUAACUUUUCUGUUGAAAGGCUGUUGGAUAAACAAGAUGUUAGGGGAGGAGAAGCUGUGAAGGGUACGGAACCUUCUAUCGAUUUGGCUAGCGAAAGCAAAGACACAAAUGAGCGUGUGGAAUGGACAGAAGAUUUCCCUUGGAUGCAUUCUACUAGAUAUGACCCUCCACCUCGUAUUCGUCCACGCUUGAGCCCAACAAAAUGUCAACUCAGGAAACAUAAAACUAAUCGGAAACCAAGAACGCCUUUUACGACUUCGCAACUACUUGCUUUGGAAAGGAAAUUUCGACAAAAGCAAUACCUCUCGAUCGCCGAAAGAGCGGAAUUCUCUGCGUCUUUGAACCUUACGGAAACGCAAGUAAAGAUAUGGUUUCAGAAUCGCAGAGCAAAAGCGAAAAGACUUCAUGAAGCGGAACUAGAAAAACUUAAACUGGCAAGCAAGCCAUAUUUGCCACCAAGAUUUCCAUCGAGUCUUGGAGCUGGAUCUGUGUGCUGUGAACCUUCGCCAUACGGCCCACAUUUCGCUUUCCAAUCUUACGCGCACGUUAAUUUACCUAAUUCACCCUAUGGACAGACUAUGAGCUACUCACACGGGAGUCCUUACGGCGCUCCUCAAGCUUUUCAUAAUUUCAUGUACCAUUAGCGUAGUUGGCAAGUAGCGGUAUUAGUUGUAAUUGCAAUUUCCGAUCUGUUUAGAUAAAUACUUUUGUUUGUAUUUUAUUUCCCAUCCCCCAGUGACAAUUAUGAUUUUCUUAUACCAGAGUUUGCCGAUCAGAGAAUUAUAAAGAAAGUUCAGAAAAUUUAAAUGAAACUUAUAAUAUCAAGCGGUGAACAUUUUUUUAAACAAAAAUGAACUUCGCAAAUUUUGUUAAUAUUAUGUGCAAUUAUUGCCAAGGGCGGAUAUGAAUAACCCAAGAAGGGUCUGUGGUGGCCACGUAUUGAAAAAGCAUUUGUAGCUAAGGGUAAUUCAAUUGAUUUCAAGUUGUUGUGAGACCAAUUAUAAAGACAUCAAGCACGUGUCUUCGAAACAAAUUCUAAAAAACUGCAUUGAUACUAGGCACAGCAAAUGCUUUGUACAGCCGGUGCUGCAGCAGCUCAACUCAGCGUUCCUUUGGCCAUCAAAACAAUGUCUUAGUAAUUAUUUAGCGGCCUAAUAAAUUGAAAUUCGUCUGGUACAAUUAUGUGGGAAGAACAGAUAUGAGUGUACCGCAAACUUUGGGU